GUUGUUUCUACUCUCCGGAUUGUCAGCCAGUUAUUUGCGGGUAGGCGCUGUAGCCAUUUCGCCACAUGAAAGCAUGAUGCGCUGAGCGACCAACAUCCGAGGAGUUGGUGAAGGGAAGUCAGCAUUGAGAAUCUCCGCGGGCGCGCGCACACAUGCGAACCAACUCGCGCGUGAUUACGCACGGCGCACGCACGCACACACCUCCUCCUCUUCCUCCGCGGAAAAAACAGUGAGAGAAAGAGGAGCAGAGUGAGAGGGUAGACCAACUUCCAACUCUCCCAUGUGGAAAGCAGAGGUUUGCAGAGAAGGUGCAUUUUUUCCCCUCUUCGGAGCUUUUUCCCACUCUGUCCCUCUCUUCCUCUGAGUGGUUUGCUUUUUCUUCUUUCUCCCCUUCAUCCCGGAUAUUUCCGUUUCUAUGAGAGUCUUGCUCGGCGAGGAGAGAAGUUUGGUUGUUUGCCUGGUCGGCUGAGGAGAAGGUGGAGAAGAAGAAUCUGGUGAGAAGUGGGGGAAGAUGGUCCACAACGCCGCUUGGAGAAGGAGCUUCCUGUGCGUCCUGGCGCUCUGUCUCAGCUUUGCGUCCCCGCCGUGCAAAGCUCGGAUUUACACGAACCACUGGGCAGUCAGGAUAGCCGGCGGACCCGAGGUGGCUGAUCGAAUAGCGGAUAAAUAUGGCUAUAGGAACAUGGGACAGAUCGGGGAUCUCAAAGACCACUACCACUUCUUCCACAGUCGAACUAUCAAGAGGUCCACUUUAUCUAGCCGUGGCCGUCAUAGUUUCAUCUCCAUGGAGCCAAAGGUGGAGUGGAUAGAACAGCAGGUGGUGAAGAGGAGGAUCAAGAGGGAUUACAAACCUGUCCCACCCCUGUCCCAGACGAGCCCCGCCCACAGCAUCAGCUUGGCCCAAAACAGCAUUUUCUACAAUGACGCCAAGUGGAGCAGUAUGUGGUACAUUCACUGCAACGACGACGUCCACAAUUGCCAGUCGGACAUGAAUAUCAUGGGAGCGUGGAAGAGGGGCUACACGGGUAAAGAUGUGGUGGUCACCAUCCUGGAUGACGGGAUUGAGAGAACCCACCCGGACCUUUUACAGAACUACGAUCCUCAAGCAAGCUACGAUGUCAAUAGCAAUGAUCUGGAUCCCAUGCCGCGAUAUGAUGCAACCAAUGAGAACAAACACGGCACACGUUGUGCAGGUGAAGUAGCUGCGGCUGCAAACAACUCCCACUGCAUUGUGGGAAUCGCCUACAAUGCCAGAAUAGGAGGUGUCCGAAUGCUGGAUGGAGAUGUAACAGACAUGGUUGAGGCCAGGUCUCUGAGCCUCAACCCGCAGCACAUUGACAUUUACAGCGCCAGCUGGGGACCCGAUGAUGAUGGGAAGACUGUGGAUGGACCAGCAUCUCUGGCCAGGCAGGCAUUUGAGAACGGCAUCCGCAUGGGAAGAAAGGGCCGUGGCUCUAUCUUUGUGUGGGCUUCUGGAAAUGGUGGGCGCAGCAGAGACCACUGCUCCUGCGAUGGUUACACCAACUCCAUCUACACCAUCUCCAUUUCCAGCACGGCUGAGAGCGGACGAAAGCCCUGGUACCUGGAGGAAUGCUCGUCCACCCUGACCACUACGUACAGCAGUGGGGAGAACUACGACCGAAAGAUUAUCACAACAGACCUGAGACACCGAUGCACAGACAGUCACACAGGGACAUCGGCCUCGGCUCCCAUGGCAGCUGCCAUCAUUGCUCUGGCCCUGGAAGCAAAUCCUUUAUUAACUUGGAGAGACGUUCAGCACAUCAUUGUAAAGACCUCGAGAGCUGGACAUCUUAGUGCUCCUGACUGGAAGACUAACGGUGCUGGUUACAAUGUCAGCCACCUGUACGGCUUUGGCCUAAUGGAUGCUGAGGCAAUGGUGAAGGAGGCGGAGCAAUGGAAGCAGGUCCCCGCCCAACACGUCUGCGUGGAGACUGCCGACAGGCAAAUCAGCAGAACCAUCCGUCCGGAGCAUCUGGUUCGCUCUGUCUACAAGGCGACUGGAUGUUCGAACAACCCCAACCUCAAAGUGGUCUCAUUGGAGCAUGUGGUCGUACGCAUUACAAUCACACACCCUCGUCGUGGGGACCUGUCAAUCAACCUGACCUCACCAUCAGGAACCAAGUCUCAGCUGCUCGCCAACAGGUUGUUUGAUCACUCCAUGGAGGGCUUUAAGAACUGGGAAUUUAUGACCACCCACUGCUGGGGAGAGCCAGCAGAAGGCGACUGGAUCCUGGAGAUCUACGACUCACCCUCUCAACUCCGCAGCCAGAAAGUGCCUGGAAAGUUGAAGGAGUGGUCUCUGGUGCUGUAUGGCACCGCUGUCCAUCCGUACUCCACACAGCCAAAGCCUCGCAACGCAGGUGAUCAGCAGCCAGUUGAAGAGGAGUACAAUGGUCCCUGUGAUCCUGAAUGCAGCAACAAUGCCUGUGAGGGUCCUGGACCACACCACUGCAAUAACUGCCUCCACUACUUCCUCAAGUUCAAGAACAACACCAGGAUGUGCGUCUCAGAGUGCCCCAGUGGCUUUUUCCGCGAUGACAGGAAGCGCUGUAAGAAAUGCUCCUCCAUGUGUGAGACCUGUGUCGGCAGCCGAAGUGACCAGUGCAUCACAUGCAGGACGGGUUAUCACCUCAUCGAGGGCUCCAACACAUGUGCUGCCAACUGUGCCGACGGCUCCUUCCUCGACAUCGAUUCCAACAUUUGCAGAAGAUGUCAGGAGAACUGUAGGAGGUGUACCGCCUCCAAUAUCUGCACCGAGUGUAAACCUGGAAUGAGUCUUCAAGGACAUAAGUGCCAGAUGACCUGUAACCCUGGAACCUAUUUCAACGGCCACAGGAGGACGUGCGAGCCUUGUCACCGGGCAUGUGCCACCUGCGCAGGAACAGGCAUAGAGGCGUGUACGAAAUGUGCUGAUGGCUACUUACUUGAGGACUGGCGGUGCGUGUUAACAUGCAGCCCUGGUUACUACCUGUCAGAUCAGAUCUCAGACAACGGGCAGGUGCAGAGGUCCUGUAAGAAAUGUGACAAUAGUUGUUUUGAGUGCCUGGGACCUGGGGAGCUAAAUUGCAGCAGCUGCAACAGUGGCUACAACCUGGAGGCGGGAACCUGCGUAGUUAGCACCGUCUGCAAAGAUGGGGAGUACAUGAGUAAAAAGGGAAAGUGCCAUCUUUGUGAUGUUACCUGUCUGCAGUGCACAGGCCCGGAGAGUGAGGCCUGCACCUCCUGCCCGAAAACAAGGUUCUUUCAGGAUGGACAGUGUGUUACCCAUUGCCAGCAGGGGCGUUACGCCAUGGGAGAACAUUGUCUUCUCUGUCAUCAUACCUGCAAGACGUGCACUGAUGAGGGUCCUGAUAAUUGCACCAGCUGUGGAACAGACAAAUUUGGCGUACCCAGGUACCUAUUUCAGAGUCAGUGUCGGGAAGCCUGUCCUGAGGGGUUCUUCCACUCUGCAAGAAUGAGUUGUGAGCCGUGUCCUGCAGAAUGCAUCGUUUGUGCUGCUUCAGAUCGCUGCGUCCAGUGCAGCAUGGGAUACACGCUCAAAUAUGGCCACUGUGUCAAACUUGAGUGUAGCACAGGAGAGGUUUCAGAUGCAGAGGAGGAUGGCUGUCUCCCCUGUGAUGAGGGCUGCAAGAAAUGCAAGCGCGAAGAUUCAGAUGAGCAGAAGCAAAAAACUGUCUGUCAGGAAUGUGAAGAUGGACGCUAUCAGUUUGGUGCUGAUUGCCAUCAGUCCUGCCCAGAUCGGACUUACGAUGUGAAAGAGACUAUGACCUGUUCUCCAUGUGAAGACAAACACUGUGAAAUCUGUGACCAAUCUCAGUGCUACUGGUGUGAUGAUGGAUACUAUGUUUCUGAUGGAGAAUGUGUGGAUCAUUGCCAGGAAGGAUACUUUGUGGAUGAGGAGAGUCAGGAAUGCGAGCCUUGUCACAGAGACUGUCGCUCCUGUGGAGGCCCCAGAUACGAUGACUGUGACUCCUGUGAAGAUGGUUUCACACUAGACAAAGGGGAGUGUCUCAGUGGGAAACAGCUCACUGCAUGUACUGAGGGAAAGUUCAGAAACAGUCAGGAUAAUUGUGAACCGUGCCACUCAUCAUGUAAGACCUGCUUUGCAGCAGAGAAGGAAAACUGCAGCAGUUGCAACCCUGGACAUUUUUUAUCAGUGGAUCAGACUUGUGUGACUCAUUGUCCAUCUGGAAGCUUUGUAAACAAAACAUCUGGAGUGUGUGAUUCCUGCCUUAGUGGGUGUAUAAUGUGCAUGAACGCUCAAGCCUGUCAGCGGUGUCGGACGGGACUUUAUCUACAAAAUGGAACCUGUGUGGUGGACUGUCACAGAGGGUUUCCACAGGAUAAUAAAUGCCACCAGUGUGACUCAGGGUGUGGAUCAUGCAAAGAUCGUCCCUCCAACUGUUUGAGCUGUGAGAGCCCUUUUUUGCUGCUGGACAACUCCUGCUUGUCCUCCUGUCCAAGCGGCUACUAUGACAACAACACAGAGUGCUACCACUGCCCAAAACACUGUAGUGAGUGCACUCAGGAUGGACUCUGCAAGAAAUGUGCAGAUUACUACUUCUUGUAUGAGGAUGAGUGUGUGGACGACUGUCCCAAAGGUCACUUUGCCAGUGAACAGCAGCAGGCGUGCAUGCAGUGUCAUGCUGACUGUGCCUCAUGUGAUGGACCGGGUGAGGAUGACUGCGAUGUGUGUCGCAACCCUAAAGCUGUCCGAUACAACGGAGAGUGUCUGGCCAGAUGUCCAAACAACACCUACUAUGAUGAGAAGACUAAUGAAUGCAGAGCUUGUGACGAGUCAUGCCUGACCUGUUCAGGCUACGAACCCACCGACUGCCUCAGCUGUGACACCAACAGACGCCUGGAUGAUAGUGGACACUGUGUGUGGUACAGCCAGUGCUCCAUGGAGUCAUACGUUAGCCUGAAUGGUGACUGCCAGCAGUGUCACACACGAUGCCAUCGCUGUAAUGGUCCAGGCGAGGACCACUGCCUCAGCUGCAACGACCCAUACUUUCUACUGAACAGCACCUGUGUGAAGGUGUGUCCCGUGGGUUACUACGCUGAUGACAAAAGUGAGCGCUUGUGCGAGCACUGCCACUUCAGCUGUGAGUCCUGCAACGGACAUUACAGUCAACAGUGCACUACCUGCAAACCAGGAUUUUUUAAACAGGCUGGGAGUUGUGUCAAAACCUGCUCAGAGAGCUACUUUGGCAACAAAACCACCAUGCUUUGUGAGCGAUGCGACCCGUCCUGCAGCCAGUGUGAAGGCAGUGGCAACAGGCACUGUCUGGGCUGCAGAGAAGGUUAUGUGUACAUGAGGCAGUGGGGUCAGUGCCUGAAGAGCUGCCCUCGAGGGUACUUCAAAGACCCCUGGUCCACAGACUGUCACAAGUGUCAUGCCACCUGCAAGACCUGUAGCGAUGAGGGUGCUCUAGCCUGUUUGUCAUGCUAUGAUGGCUUCACCUUUGAGGGGAGCUUCUGCAACAACCCCUGUUUUAUAGGCUUCUACCCAGCCUCAAAGGUUCCAAAGCAUAGUGACCCAGACUGCAGAAAAUGUAACCCAUCAUGUGAGGGCUGCUGGGGCCCCAGCAUGUGGCAGUGCACCCUGUGCCCCGCCAGCAAGAUUCUCUCAGAUGAUGGCCGCUGCUUGAGCUGCUGUGGAAAUAAGACACCACGUGAUGAUACACCGCUACACAGAGAGUGCUGUGACUGCGAGGCAUCGCGAAUCCAGUGCAUCCUUGGUGUCAACUUCGUCAUGGGGUCAGUUGAGGAUUUAGAGAGCGGUGCCAAGAUCACUGUCAUAGCCUUCGUCAUGAUCAUCCUUGUUCUGGGUUUAGGGAUCUUCCUUCUCCUCACCGCCUGCUCCAAGUGGCCCACUGUCAAGCCCAAAACCACAGCUGGGGGGUAUCAGAAACUAGAAACUAACGAUGACUGUCCACAGCAGCCCACUGCCUCUUCCUUUGGGGACUACAGUGACAGAAUCACUGAGCAUGAGAGCAAUGAUGAGGAGUACGACGAUGAGGACAUUGUUUACAUGACUAAAGAUGGAACAGUGUAUCGGAAAUUUAAGUACGGCCUUCUGGAUGAAGAUGAUGUCGAGCUGGAAUAUGAUGAUGAGAGCUACUCAUAUAAAUAAGGCAAAGACAGUAAAUAUGAAAUGUGCAAAGAAGUUAUAUAUCGGGCAGGUCUUUAUGAAAAAUUAACAGCUUGGUAAAGCUAUAAACACGUUAUAAGUCACAAAUAGAAAAAUAUUGUGUGUUAUUUAAUGAUGGGGUAAAUACAUUGCUAAAUAUUAUGUUUAUUUUAGAAUCCAUAACAAGCCUUCAUAACAGCUCAUCAAGUACUUCAACUUUAACAAUCUCAUUAAUAACGUGACUUAAUGAUUGUUUCUUUGGACAGUAAUAGUGUUUUUUGUGCAGUUUUAAUAUGUUUGCAAUUAUGUUUCUUGUUUAAAAACUGCUUAAAACAAUACAUAAGUAUUCUAAAGCCUGA